AACAAGGAGAGAGCUAAAACCGCCUUUCAAACCCAAAGAAACAAAAAAGUCCUCCUUCCCGUCCCAUGAUCGAAUUGGCGCCACUGUCUUUCUCCCCGUUGUCGCCAUUGACACAGACAGCAAGGAAGGCUUCUUAGGUGAAGUCGUCUUGCGCUGGCAAGGUUCCAUCCGCAACGGAGCAACUACCAGGGGGGAUCGAUUAUUUCAGCAUCUUCCAAGGGGUUUUAUUCAAGUGCUGUUCAAACCCUACGCACGUAGCCAGAGGCGCUUUUCACCAUUUUGAAGCCUGAAGAUCCUCUCUCAAAGAAAACUAUAUCCCUCUCCAUCUAGUGUGACUUCCUGUCCAUUCCAACAUUGAAGAGGGGUGUGCUUUUUGAUAAUAUUUGAUGACAAGCAUGAAGGCUUGAACACAAAAGUUGGGGAAAAUGGAGGAUGAUUUUGAUACCCAGAAAAUCAGAAAUAUAUGUAUUUUGGCACAUGUUGAUCAUGGAAAGACUACACUGGCUGAUCAUUUGAUUGCUGCUUCAGGGGGUAGCCUACUUCACCCGAAGUUGGCUGGACGAGUUAGGUUCAUGGACUAUCUUGACGAGGAGCAAAGGAGAGCCAUCACCAUGAAGAGCUCUUCUAUUGCUCUUAAGUAUAAAGACUACUCUAUUAACCUCAUAGAUUCCCCUGGUCAUAUGGACUUUUGCUGUGAGGUGUCCACUGCUGCUAGAUUGAGUGAUGGUGCAUUAAUUUUGGUCGAUGCUGUUGAAGGUGUGCAUAUUCAAACCCAUGCUGUGUUGCGGCAAUGUUGGAUUGAGAAGCUCUCACCGUGCUUGGUUCUUAACAAGAUUGAUAGGUUGAUUAGUGAAUUGAAGUUGAGUCCUAUGGAAGCCUAUAUUCGGUUAUUACGGAUUGUGCAUGAGGUCAAUGGGAUAGUCAGUACAUAUAAGUCUGAGAAGUAUUUGUCAGAUGUAGAUUCCAUACUUGCAGGACCUUCAGGCGAUGUGACUGUUGAUGAAAACAGUGACCUCAUAGAGGAUGAUGAAGAAGAUAUGUUUCAACCACAGAAAGGGAAUGUGGCAUUUGUGUGUGCACUGGAUGGUUGGGGAUUUGGAAUUCAUGAAUUUGCUGAAUUUUAUGCUUCAAAAUUGGGGGCUAGUGCUGCUGCAUUGCAAAAAGCCUUAUGGGGUCCUAAGUAUUUCAAUUCAAAAACUAAAAUGAUUGUUGGUAAGAAAGGUAUAGGUGGAGGAAGUAAGGCAAGGCCAAUGUUUGUCCAGUUUGUUCUUGAACCACUAUGGCAGGUAUACCAAGGAGCUCUAGAGGGCAAUGGUGACAAAGCAAUGCUUGAAAAAGUCAUUAAGUCAUUUAAUUUGUCUAUAUCAUCUCGUGAAUUGCAAAAUAAAGACCCAAAAGUUGUGCUUCAAGCUGUUAUGAGUCGGUGGCUUCCUCUGUCAGAUACAAUCUUAUCAAUGGUGGUGAAGUGUAUGCCAGAUCCAGUAUCUGCACAAUCAUUUCGUAUAUCACGCCUUCUUCCAAAGAGAGAGGUUCUUGAUAAAGGAGUUGAUCAGAAUGUGCUUGCAGAGGCAGAGCUUGUGAGAAAAUCUGUAGAGGCAUGUGAUUUGAAACCUGAAGCUCCAUGUGUUGCUUUUGUGUCAAAAAUGUUUGCUGUGCCAGUUAAAAUGCUUCCUGAUAGGGGUUCGCAUGGGGAGCUCAUGAACUAUUCUGGUGAUGGAGAGGGUGAAUCAGAUGAGUGUUUCCUGGCAUUUGCUAGGAUAUUUAGUGGAACUUUGUCUGCAGGACAGAAAGUUUUUGUGCUUUCAGCAUUGUAUGAUCCUCUAAAAGGGGAACAAAUGCAAAAGCAUGUUCAAGAGGCUGAAUUACAUUCUUUAUAUCUAAUGAUGGGCCAAGGCUUGAAAGUCGUGACAUCUGCUAAAGCAGGAAAUAUUGUUGCUAUCCGAGGCCUUGGCCAACAUAUCCUGAAGAGUGCUACACUCUCAUCCAGCAAGAAUUGCUGGCCUUUCUCUAGUAUGGCUUUCCAGGUUUCCCCAACUUUGAGAGUUGCAAUUGAACCAUCUGACCCUGCAGAAAUGAGUGCACUAUUGAAAGGCUUGAGGCUUCUAAAUAGAGCGGACCCAUUUGUUGAGGUCACUGUAUCUGCAAGAGGAGAACAUGUCUUAGCUGCAGCAGGAGAGGUUCAUCUUGAAAGAUGUGUAAAAGAUUUAAAGGAAAGAUUUGCUAAGGUAAGCUUGGAAGUCUCUCCACCUCUUGUGUCUUACAAAGAGACCAUUGAAGGAGAAGUGUCCAGCAUGCUUGAAAAUUUGAAAGCUCUUAGUAAGAUCUCAGAUUAUGUUGAAAAAACGACACCAAAUGGAAGAUGUGUUGUACGUGUGCAUGUGAUGAAACUUCCAUCUUCUCUAACAAAGGUACUUGAUGAUAGUUCUGAUGUAUUGGGGGAUGCCAUUGGAGUAAAGUCUGGGCAUAAUGUUAAAAAUUUGGAGGCUCAGAGAUCAGGUAUUUUUGAAAAUGAUAAUCCAACUGAAGUGCUAAAAAAACGCAUAAUGGAUGCAUUGGAAAGUGAGAUUUUGAGCGGGAAUGGGAAUGACAAGGAUUAUGCUGUCAAAUGUAAGGCAAAGUGGUUAAAACUUUUGAGAAGGAUAUGGGCACUUGGACCUAGGCAAAUUGGUCCGAACAUUCUCUUUACUCCUGAUGUCAAAGCUGAGAGUACAGAUAGCUCUAUUCUAAUACGUGGUGAUUGUCAUGUAUCUGAAAGAUUGGGUUUUACUGAUGAUUCUAGUACUUCAAAUAUAGAGGCCGGGACACCCUCUAACGUGAAUGAAGCAUUAAACAUGGAGGCUAAGCGUCUUGAGAGCAGUGUCAUAUCUGGGUUCCAACUGGCCACUGCAGCUGGACCCUUAUGUGAUGAACCUAUGUGGGGUUUGGCGUUUGUUAUUGAGGCAUACAUUUAUCCCUAUUCAGGGCAGCAUGAUGAAACUGAAACACACCAACAAUCUGAGCAGUAUGGCAUCUUUGCAGGGCAAAUAAUCACAACUGUCAAAGAUGCUUGUAGAGCAGCUGUGCUUCAGAAUAGGCCACGGCUUGUGGAAGCCAUGUACUUUUGUGAGUUGAAUACCCCUACUGAAUAUUUGGGUCCCACGUAUGCUGUACUUGCUCGAAGACGGGCCCGAGUUUUAAAGGAAGAGAUGCAGGAAAGUUCCCCUCUCUUCACUGUGCACGCAUAUGUGCCUGUUUCCGAAAGUUUUGGUUUUGCUGAUGAGCUUAGGAGGUGGACUUCUGGAGCUGCUAGUGCACUUCUUGUACUUAGUCACUGGGAAGCACUUUCUGAGGAUCCUUUCUUCGUACCUAAAACUGAAGAGGAGAUUGAAGAGUUUGGAGAUGGCUCUAGUGUGCUUCCUAAUACAGCAAGAAAGUUAAUUGAUGCAGUCAGACGCCGUAAGGGCCUUCAUGUGGAGGAAAAAAUAGUACAACAUGGAACAAAGCAGCGGACACUAGCUCGUAAGGUUUGAUGUUCUUGGUUUUAUGUUGUGUCAUCAGCUGUUGACAAAAGAACUGCUGGGUGUAUGAAAUCUUCUUCAGUGGUAACCCUUUGUGCACUGUACCGUUAGGAACAAAUUUUGGUUGAGUUUGAGUUAUACUGUCUUAUUGCAAAUUUGUCAUUUACAAUCAGUUUCAUGAUGAUCAGAUAUUGUACACAUAACUUCCAUAAUGAUUAAUAAAAAUAUUUUUUUCAUGGAGAAA